AUGGCUGGGGCGCCUGCCGAUGGGUCACCGUUGAGCGCCGCAGCAGCCCCUGACGAGGACGCGGGCGCGGACACGGCCGCUGAUGACGGCAGCGGCGGGCGCCUGCGCAAGCGCACGGUGGCGCUGCACAUCGGUUACGUGGGCACGGACUUCAGCGGCCUGCAGGCCAACCGGGACAUGCCGCAGCAGGCCACGGUGGAGGGUGUGCUCGAGCGCGCGCUGUUUGAGGCGGGCAUGAUCUCUGAGGCCAACUACGGGGACUUCCGGAAGACCAAGUGGGCGCGCAGCAGCAGGACAGACAAGGGCGUCCACUCCCUAUGCACGGUCAUCAGUGUGCGCCUGCUGCUGCAGGACACCCUGUUCGAGGUCGACCCCGAGGGCAUCGCCUUUGCGCGGAUGGUCAAUGCCCACCUGCCGGCCUCAGUGCGCGUGCUGUCGGUGCAGCGCACCACCAAGAAGUUCAACGUGCGCCGCUGGUGCCUCACCCGAACCUAUGAGUACUACCUGCCCUCGGGCACCCUCGGCCUGGCGGCCGCGCUGCAGCAGUACGUGGGUCAGCGGCCGUUCCACAACUUUGCGGGGGACAGGAAGCAGUACGUGAAGAGCGACAGGGGCAGCAGGACCAUGGUCGAGAAGUGGGCGGCGCAGGAGGCGGAGCGGCGGCAGCUGCGAGAGGGAGCGGCGGGCGCGAGCGCGGGUGCGGGCGCGGCGGCAGCAGCGGCGGUGGAGGGGGCUCCCGCGGGCGGCGGCGGCUCUGCCUCGGACGCAGCCGGAGAUGCGGGCGCAUCCGGCAGCCAGGCGGAGGAUGAUGAGCGGAACGGGGCGGAGGGUGGAGGUGGUGACGGGGCGGCGGCGGAGGCAGGGGCUGGGGAGCGCGAGUGGGUGCAGCGGAUGCGGUUCCUGGACGACCCCGACCCCAAAGACCCGGUGGUGAUGACUCACUACCGGAGGAUCAGCAGCUUCACGGCAGGCGACCCGCGGCCGCUGGUGGAAGGUGGCACCCCCUGCCUGCGGCUGGAGGUCAAGGGAGACUCCUUCAUGCUCAACCAGAUCAGGAAUAUGAUCGGCGCGGCUGUGGCGGUCUCCCAGGGCAGGAUGUCCCUCGACCUGCUGGUGGUGGCGCUCUCCGCCCCGGGCCGCAUCACGGUGCCCAAGGCGCCGCCCCACACGCUGCUGCUGUCCGACAAUAAGUUCUCGCCCUUUGCCAAGUCCUGGGGGGAGGAGAUACCCCUGGUGGCCAAGUACUCGGGGGACGCCCUCACCCUGAGGGAGGGCGGCCGCGGGGAGCAGCGCGCGUUCCGGCAAGAGGUGUUUGACCCAGCGCUUAAUGGGCUGCUGUCCCACCCAGACUGGGAGUACUGGCGCGACACCACCUUGCCUCGUUACAACUACCCAGCUGACGAGGCUGCUGACAUCAUCGCACGUCACAAGGCAUGGCUCGCCGAUCUUACAGCGCGGCGAGCUGAGGCAGCGGCAGCCAAGGAAGCGAAGGCCGCGGCGGCAGCAGCAGCAGCUGCAGCAGGAGCGGCAGAGGCAGAGGCAGGGGCACAGGCAGAGGCAGCAGCGGCGCAGGUUGGCGACGGGCGGCAGCAGGAGCAGGGGCGGAAAGGCGGCGGCGUGUUGGGGGCGAUCGCGCGUGUAAUCAACGAUGACUGGUGCCACUGCGCAGACGGCAGCGAUGAGCCAGACUGCUGCGACGGCUCCGACGAGGCCCAGGGGUGCGAGAACGCCUGCCUGGAGCGGAACCUUCAUGCACAGGAGGAGCUGCGGCGGCAGAUCGGGGAGGUGCAGGCAGCCCUGGACACGCGUAAGCAGUACGCGGCCAGUGCAAUCGGCAAGGUGGAUGAGAUGAGGGCUAAGCUGGCGGGGAUUGACGGGGAGAUUGCGGCAGCGGAAAAGGAGGUGGAGCGGCUGGCAGAGGAGAAGAAGCGCCUCGAGGAGACUGCGGACGACAGGGAGGCAGCCCGCACCGCCAGGCGCGAAGCGCGAGAGGCGGAGGCGGCGGCGAGGGAGGAGCGGCGUGAGGAAGAGGAGGCAGCGGCAGCGGCGGCGGGGACGGACGCGCUGGCAGCGAAUGACGAGGCAGCGGUCCCAGGAGAGGGCGGUGGCGCAGCGAAGGGUGCAGCGGACAGCAAGGCAGGACCAGAGGAAACCGUCGAGGAGCGCGGCCGCCGCAUUGCAGCGCAGUGGACCCACGACCCUGACGCGGCAGGCGCCGGCGGUGCGGCGGCUGCGAGCGAAACAUCCACUGGCGACGCCUCUGAUGACGGCACCCAGCAGACAGCCCAAGCAGAGACGACGCCGGAUGACGACACCGACACCGAGCUCCAGACCGCGGAGACCGCCCACCAGGAAGCUGAAGAGAAGCUGGAAGACCUCAAGACGGAGAUGGAGCAGCUGCAGCGGCAGGCGCGCUCGCGGUCAAAGGGAAUUCUGGGGGCGCGGGUGACCUUCGACUACGCCCCGGACGGCGCGUGGCUGGAGCUAGUGGGCAGCUGCCUGACGGCGGAGGCGCCGCAGUUCAAUUACGAGAUCUGCCUCUUUGACAAGGCGCAGCAGGUCGACAACAACGGGGGCCACCGCACCAACCUGGGCAAGUGGCGGGGUUUUGAGGCGCGGUACAUGGAGGCCGUCUUCGACGGCGGCGACGCGUGCGGCAACGGCCUCAAGCGCAGCCUGCGCGUCAAGUUCGAGUGCGGCCAGUCGCAGCGCGCCUGGGGCGCCAGCGAGCCUGCGCCCUGCAGCUACGCCGCCUCAGUGUCCACCCCCGCGGCCUGCAAGAAGAGGGACCUCAAGGUGCUGCAGGAGCGGCUGGCCGCCCUCGCGGCAGCCAGGGAGGAGCUGGCCGCAGACGCGGAGGCCGAGGCGGCGGCGCAGCAGCCGCAGAGAGAUGAGCUUUGA